AUGCCCGUCGAUCCCGCUGGCGCCGCCGUGCCCCAGCCGCAGGAGGGUCGUGACUUCAUCCGUCCGAUUGAGACCCGCGACCGCACCACGGUUGAGCAGAUCGUCGGGCAGGCGUACAUGGAGGACCUUUCCACCGCGAACAAUAGCUUCUACCGGUCCCCCAUGGUGCUGGUCAGCAUCAUUGUCGUCGGCUUCGCCAUCAAUUUCCUGAUCGGCCUCGACAAAGUGCCUGUCACCAGCACCUUCGGGUACGCGCAGUAUCUUAUCGGGCCGUGCGUAGUCCUUCUUCCCACGCUGGCAGCCAUCGGGUGGAUGCAGAAGCCGAGCUUCAACAACAAGCUCAAGGACAAGGUUGCGGGCUGGAACCAGGGACUUCUGGAGGAGUACUACACGCCUGACGUGGACGCCAUGUCGGGCGCCUGGGUCUUUGAGUACAAGGACACGAUCGCUGGUGUCGUCCUCCUGGACGCGCGCAACCCCGGCAAGGAGAUUCCUGCCGUCUCGCCCAGCUCUUCCGGUCAGUCCUCUGCUCUCCCCGAGGGCUGGAUGGAGCGCUUGAGGGAGCAACACAAGGCCAAGCCUCUUGCCGAUUACACCGCACCGCGCACCGCCGAGAUUCGGCAGCUCAACGUCCUCGCCGCGUACCGCAAGCACGGAGUGGCGACCGAGCUCCUCGGCAACGCGCUGGACAUGGCAUUCGGUCUGGCUCCCGGCGACAACGAGGCGAGCGACAGUGGCAAACAGGCGACCGUGCAGCGCGUGAUUGCGCUCUCGUCCCCGUUUACUGCUGGUGGUGACGGGAUCUGGGAGAAGAUGGGUUUCGUCGCUGUUCCCCCGCCAGUCCUCAGGCAGGAGCUGUGGCGCGAGGACGAGGCAGUUGGCCUCAACUUUUGGCAGGGACGCUGGAUGAUGGUCGACCGCGAGUCGUGGAUCAAGGCCAGGGAGAACCUCUACUCCCGCUUUGCGCCCAACGACGGUAUGGAGUUUGGGGAGGGACGGGAUGUCGCGCCGGACGGAAGCUUGAUUGAGAAGAAGAAGGACCAGUAG